CAUGUUUGUCCAGGUGCAUCAUGGGAAACGUGUCCUCUUGCUUUCCUAUGUUCUUUCUUUUUUUUCUCCUGCCUUCAUUUUAUAGAGAGAACGACGCUUAGAACACCCAGAAUAUACCCUAAAAUAUCUUCUUCUAUCUGUCAGCAAGUUGUUGAAGAUAAUCUCCAUCAGCAAUGGCCCGUACCAAGCAGACUGCCCGUAAAUCCACUGGAGGUAAAGCUCCUCGCAAGCAGCUGGCCACAAAGGCUGCCCGCAAGAGCGCCCCUUCCACCGGGGGAGUGAAAAAGCCUCAUCGCUACAGGCCUGGGACCGUGGCUCUGCGUGAGAUCCGUCGUUACCAGAAAUCCACUGAGCUGCUGAUCCGCAAGCUGCCCUUCCAGCGCCUGGUGAGAGAAAUCGCUCAGGACUUCAAGACCGACCUCCGUUUCCAGAGCGCUGCCAUUGGAGCUCUGCAGGAAGCCAGCGAGGCUUACCUGGUGGGGCUGUUUGAGGACACCAACCUGUGCGCCAUCCAUGCCAAGCGUGUCACCAUCAUGCCCAAAGACAUCCAGCUGGCACGUCGUAUCCGCGGAGAACGUGCUUAAAUGUUUUCUCACAACUCAAGGUCACCCUGACCACUCAUCGCUUUUUCCUUCCUCUAAACUUAGUUAGUAGUUUGUUUUGAGCUUCUAUAUAUAUCUAUAUAUCAUGAUUGUGAUUACCGUAAAUGCGUGAUUACGUCUUCUUUGGUGCUAUUAGUUGCUGAAUCUCUGUAGAGGUAUCUUCAUGUAUGGUUGAAACGUUUAAAUCACAGCUUCACUCUUUACACCUAGCUAACAAUGCCUUGGUAUUUCGAUAGAUAAGGUGUUUUUGCAAGCCAAGAUAUAUGUGAUCUAACGUGAGCAUAGAAAAUAGCAUUGAGGCAUAGACAUUUUCAUCUUCAGGCGGACACAUGCAUCGAUAUUAUGGGUCUCUUUAUCAAUUAAAUGAAUUGGUGGUUUUCUUUUCUAUACAACAAUGUAAUCUUUCACAUUACAACAGGACAAAGGUUCAUUUCUGGUUAUCGAUUUAAAUGUCAAUGUAUUUCGACACUGCAUGAUUUCACCAAUUACAAGCGGCAUAUAUGUAGCAGACCUAUGUUGAUUAUGCUUUGUUUUUGGGGUGUUCAGACACAUUAUUAUGUCCCAAUUAUUUUUUUUAUUAAACUUUUUCGUUCCUCUCAGGUUGAUAUGAUAACCUAAUUUGUUUUCUACUGUGUAUUUGAUUUGUAUUCCUGGUCAUUUUUCAACAAAAAUAUUUGUACUUCAAAAUUCACAAACACAAUAAACAGAUUCUUGUGGUUAAA